UCGCCACCGCCCCCCGUGGUCGCGGUGAGGUCGGGAAGCGCUGUCGGUCCUUCCCCUCUCCUCCGUGUGUUUUCCGGGGUUAGGAGUCCCGGCCCCGCCUGGUUACAAAGGCCGGAGGGUGAGCAAACGUCGAGCUCGAAGCCGGUGUCACCACGCACCGCUGCCACCCUGCGUGGUUCUGCCCAUAGGGCUGCAGCUCAGGGCUGCAGUGCCUGCAAGGCAGCUGUGGAGCCUGCGAUGAAAAAGCCCCACGGGCCCUCGCCCCUGGGCUGGGAGAGGGUCCUGCUCAGCCUCCGUCUUUGACAGAGAAUGCAGAAGGCACGGCCAUGGAAAAAAAACCUCACUUCGUUAGGAGGGAGUUUCCUCCCAGGGAGGUGCCGUCCGUCUCCUUGGUGUUACUGCUUGCGGCCGUCCUGCUCCUUAAUGCCUUUCUCUACCUGUACCUCAACAAGUUUUACAUAGCUUCGAGGCGCACCGAAGCAGACCCCAACCUCUGUCCUUUCGGGUACUUCAAACUGGGAACGGUAAAGAAUUGCUCCCCGUGGCUCUCCUGCGAAGCCAUAAAUAGAGAAGUGAGGAAACUCAAGUGUGUAGGUGAAGGCGCUGUGAAAAAGGUCUUCCUUUCUGAGUGGAAGGAAAACAAAGUGGUCCUUUCACAGCUCACCAACUUGGAGCUGAAGGAGGACUUUCUCCAUGGGCUGAAGAUGCUGAAAGCACUUCAGAGCAAGCACGUAGUCCGGCUGCUUGGCUACUGUGAGCAGCAGUUCACAAUCCUCACCGAGUACCAUCCUCUGGGCUCCCUGAGGGGCCUGAAUGAAACUCUCCACAUGCCCAGGUACAAGGCCAUGAACACCUGGCAUCGCAGGUUCAUGCUUGCUAUAGACUACAUGAGCAUCAUCAGGUACCUGCACAGCAGCCCUCUGGGCACCUUGGUGAUGUGUGACUCAAACGACCUGGACAAGGUCCUCUCUCAGUAUCUCCUAACAACUGACUUCCACAUCCUGGUGAAUGAUUUGGACGCUUUGCCUCUUGUGAACAAGAGUGCUGGGGUGCUGGUGAAGUGCGGUCAUCGGGAGCUCCGGGGUGAGUUUGUAGCUCCUGAGCAGCGUUGGCCCUACGGAGAAGAGGUCCCGUUCAGGGAUGACCUCAUGCCUCCCUAUGAUGAGAAAACAGACAUCUGGAAAAUCCCAGAUGUCUCCAAUUUUUUCUUGGGCCACGUUGAAGGAAGUGACAUUGUGCGGCUGCAUCUGUUUGACAUCCAUGCAGCGUGUAAGAAGAAGGACCCAGCUGAAAGGCCUUCUGCCCAAGAGGUCUUGGACACCUACAGGAAGGUUCUGACUCUGCUUAUCCGGGAAGCAGCCAUGCCUGGUACCAGGGAAAUGUUAUAGUGAAUCAUGGGACAAACGACACACCGAAGCCGAGGUCCUUCCUCUUCAGCUUGCCUGAAGGGCAAAAUCUGUCCCCAAAGCUGAAAAGGACAACUGAACUGGUACCUUUUGAUUCCUUAAGAAAUAAUAACUUUUCUUUUGCAACAUUUACACAAAAACUCUCCAAAAAAAUUGAGAAAAGGAGUUUAAAAAAAAUAAGCUGAUUGGUAGAGGACUGUAGAGCAGAAACCAUGCCUCCAUCCAAGCUUUGUGCUAAUUCCUGUGGCUUUGGCCCAUGCCAUAUCCACAAAGCCCUUACCCAGUUUCCCAUGGAGUAAAAGCAGUCAGGAGGGAGUACCCCAGUUCACUUCAGAUUUUGGUGAACCCUGAUGCCAAAACCCCAGUCUUUCCCUGCUGGAUGGGGAAUUGGAGCUGUUAGGCCCUUGCUUUGUGGGCCCCAUAUCCCAUCCCAGCAAGCAUGUAGCCACUUGGUAAGCAAGCAGAUGAUGCAUAUCCCAAAGAGACUGCUUACAGACAUAUGCUCUUGGUUUUCAGGUCUUUGCCUCAUGGUCUUCUCAAAUUGUCUCUUUGGAGAGGAAGCUGUAAAAAAAAAUAAAAUAAAAAAAAGAGCUUCUCGCUCUUUUUUAAUCCACAGAAAUCAUGACCACUAUGGAAAAGGGCUGAAAUGUAUCUUUUUUUCAUUCACUAUCCUUACUAUCAUCAUGACUUGAAGGGAGGAGAACGAGGAACUGAGAAUGUCACUUCCUUCUACAGCAAUGAGCAUUAAACGUGAGCUUUGGAAAAUAAAAGCCCUGUAUAUUCAGAGCAUACAACUCUGUUGGAUCUGAAUUCAAAGCCCACCAAGCAAUUAACCAAGCAUUAAAAAAAGUCUGUUUUUUCUCUUCAGUAUGUUAAAAAGCUUUUGGUACCUACAUGUAUGUUGUGUACCAAUAGCUGGAGUGGAAGAAUAAUGAUGCCUUAAUCCAGCAGCAGGCUCUGGUGGGACUGGGAUGUACUUGUUCUUUUGAUGAAAAUAUAUUAGUAGUAUGAACACCACACGAGUUCGACCAUUACACACCUGAGGACUUUCUGUUCUGUGGACUUGAAAGCCUGAGACAACUUUGAUGUUUUGACUUGAAAAGUGAUUUUUAAGCAAAGAUUUACUUAGUCCUUUCUACUGCCAUUCUAUUCUGAUAUUUUUUGUGCUGAUAUUCCUGUUUGCCUAAACAAGCCGUGUUAUGACUGAGCUGAGAAUGUUUUGUGUACAUACAUACAUACAGCUGGUUUGUAUACAUAAUGUUCCAAUGCAGGUGUAUUCUGUUGCUAUCAAAAUUUUAUUAAAAAUGGGAGAACUUCCCUGCAAAUUU